GUCACUGUCGCUUUAAGAAGCAUCCUGCUGGAGCUCUUGACUUCUGUGACUUCUGUGAGCACUGACUGCUCAGAUCUCCGUCCGCAAAUGCUGCUGAUGUACAGAGCAAGAGGACAGGAACACAGAAAGAGUCCAGAUCACCGGUUCACACACGGCAGGAACUUCUUAUGAGAGUCUGCUGUAUGAAGAUUUAUUUUAUUUCUAAGGACUCACCCUCACAGUAGAUGGAGGAGGUUUAGUCUAAUUUAGUCCAGCGGGGAACAGCUCUCCAUCAUGGAUCCGCUCGACAAGCUGAGCAGAGAGAAGUUGAUCUUCUAUCUGACAAUGCCACUGUCUUCGAUCAUCAUCUUCUCUAACCUCUUCAUCAUAAUAGGCAUCGCCUGCAACCGUCAGCUGCACAACACCCCAAAUUACUUCUUCUUGAGCUUGCUGGUGGCUGACUUGUGCACCGGCAUCGCCCUGCCCUUCAUCCCCGGCAUGACGCUCGACCGGCAGCUGGAUUUCAAGCACUGCUUGGUGAUAUACAUCUUCCCAAACUUUCUGUUCCUGUCGUUCCUCUUCAAUCUGGUGAUGGUGCAUUACGAACGCUACCUGUGCAUCGUCAGCCCGCUCCACCACAGCCAGUUCUGGGUCCACCGCUGCUUCCCACUGGCCUUGAUGACCGUCUGGGUCCCGCCAUUGCUGUAUGCAUCACUUCCUGCCUUUGGAUGGAAUAACUGGGUUGAACCCAAUGCCUACAAGAGCUCCGAUUCAAACGAGACGUUCUUGAGAUCAACCGCAUCUCGUAAUGCUUCCAAAGAGGAUGAGGUUUGCUCCUACAAACAGGUUUUUCCCAGGGCCUUCAUUUAUUUGGAAGUGUGCGGACUGGUGCUUCCGGCCAUGCUGUCCAUUGCAGCCAUGAUGGGACGGGUGUUGUGGAUCGCACGUAAGCAGUUGCGUAACAUCUGUAAGCUCCACCGCGCCGUGGACCGUCUCCAGCAGCAGCAGCAGCAGCCAUCCGACCACGAGCAGCAACUUAACCUGCGCUACGCCAAAUGCGUGGCUGCCGUGUCUCUCACGUUCCUGGUCUGCUGGGUGCCGUAUAUCAUCUUCCAGCUCAUGUCUGUGACGGCUCUGCAGACCGGGGUGAACUUGUCGAGCUCUGCUCUGUACAUCAUCAUGUCCUGUACGGGAAUCGGAAGCAUGGCUGUCAUUCCGCUCAUACUGGGACUGGCCAACAAGCAGUACACUGAGCCCAUCAGCAGGGUGAUGCUUAAACUGAGAAACCGCUGGAGAGGAGGACACAAUAACAGAGAUAUUGCACUGUGACAGUUGGACAGUGAGUAGAUAGGAUGUUUCAAUUGAAUGUGUAAAAUCCUGCUUUGAAAAAAAAAAAAAUACACUACUGUUUAGAAGUUUGGGGUUGGUUAGAUUCUCACAAAGGCUGCAUUUAUUUGAUAAAAAUGCAUAAAGUAUUGUGAAAUAUUAUUAGGUGUUUUCUAUUUGAAUAUAUUUUAAAAUAUAAUUUAUUUCUGUGAUGCAAAGUUGAAUUUUCAGCAUCAUUCCUCCAGUCUUCAGUGUCACGUGAUCCUUCAGAAAUCAUUCUAAUAUACUGAUUUGCUGCUCAAGACAUAUUUCUUAUUAAUCUCGAUGUUGAAAACUACUGUGCUGCUUCAUAUUUUUGUGGAAACUGAGUAUUUUUUAUUAAUAGAAUGUUCAAAAGAACAGCAUUUAGUAGAAAUAGAAAUCUUUUGUUACAGUAUAAAUGUCUUCACUGUCAAUUUUGAUCAAUUUAAUGCAUCUUUACUGAAAUAAAAGUAACAAUAUCUUUUAAAAUAAUGAAUGAUCCCAAAUUUUUGAUUGGUAGUGUAAAAGAACAAUCACAUCUGUCUUUUGUCAUAGAGUUUUGUGUUGUCACAAACAUUUUUACAUUCAUCUUAUAUAUAUAUAUAUAUAUAUAUAUAUAUAUAUAUAUAUAUAUAUAUAUAUAUAUAUAUAUAUAUAUAUAUAUAUAUAUAUAUAUAUAUGUAUGCCUUGCAUACUUAAAUGUUCAGUUUUCUGCAAUAUAUAUUUACAACUGUGCUGAUUUCUCACCAAGAUAAAGUCAUCUAGUAUACUAAAGUUCACUGCAAAAAUGACUUUUCAGUACAAACUAAUUAGUAAUGUUUUACAUUUUAUGUUGCAAAUGAGUUAAUGCUCAUGAGUUAUGUUAUAACUGUAUAUUUUCAAAAAUAUUCUUCAUUCUUCAA